AUGGAAGAAGAUAAAAGUAAACAAAACUAGAAAAAGGAAACUAAACCUAAGGAAAAACCAGAUAAAGAUGUUGGCAAGCUUGUUGAAUCAGGGAAAACUCUUACUGCUGAAGAAAAGCAAGCUCUUAGAAAGUAGAAAAAAGAAGAGUAAAAACUGGCUAAGCUUGCUAAGGUCUCUUAAAAGUAGGAAAAUGCUCCAGAGGAAGAACAAAAAGAAGAUAAAAAAGAAAAGAAGUAGAAGCAGCAAUAAAAGAAAGAAGAGAAAAAGGCACCACAUAUCAGUGUGAUUGACUCACAGAAGUAGAAUCUGACAAAUAUCUAGCAUGCUUUGGCAGCCCCCAAGGUUGAAAGAGAAGAUAUUAAAGAAGGGGAUGGGGAGCUCCAAUCUUAAAACAGUUUAAAGACUCCUAGUACUCAUUCAAAGCGUUCUAGAGGACCAUCAUUCUAUCAAUAAAAUCUUCCAGGCAGUGAAGCUAAGGAAGAACUUUAGAAAGUAGGCUCAAUCAAGGAAAUCGCAUUGUUCAGCAGACUCGCUAAUUUCAAGGAGCUGUCUGGACUGAAAGAGAAGUAUCAUUACCUUCACCCAAAGAUAUUAGAUCUUGGCUUGAGGAUUAUAAAUGAGUAAUAUACCAGUUCAAAUACAAGAUGCAUUGCUAUGAUUCAAGCUUUGAAGCACUUUAUAAGCGAUUUUACUGUUCCUGAAAAUAAGUCGCUAAAUCGUGAACUCGAGGAGGAACUUAAUAAGAUCAUUUAGUUCUGGCAAGAGUGCAGACCAUUCUCAACUGGUCUUGAAAACGCAAUGAGGCUGAUUAAGGAAUUCGUCUCUUAACUCAAUACCAAGUUGACUCCUACCAAGCAGAAAUCAAUGAUUAACUAUAAAUUGAACUACAUCAUCCAAGAUAAGAUCAUUGAGGCUGACCAAUCCAUAAUUAAAAAGGCAAUGGAACUGUUUUCAGACCAAGAGGAAGAAUUGAUUUUAAUCCUUGGAGGUGUCCAAUUACUGUAAAUGAUCUUCUAAGAAGCUAAGGAAAAUAAUAAGCGAUUUAAGGUAGUGGUGGCUGAUACAAGUCCUGACUUUGAAGGUAGAGAAAUGGUGAAGAGAUUGAGUAACCUUGGCAUCAAAUGCAUCUAUACCAUGAUCUCAGGAGUUAACUUCUUAAUUCACAAAGUCACUAAGGUAUUCAUUGGAGCUUCAUCAGUUUUAUCUAAUGGGGCUGUUGUCGCCAAGAUAGGAACAUCAAUCAUCACCUGUAUGGCUGCUAGACAUUAGAAACCAGUUGUGGUAUUUUCAGAGACUUACAAGUUCAGUGAUAAAGUAAAUCUAGAUGCCAUCAAUAACAAUGAAAUUGGAGAUCCUCAAAAGCUAGCAAACAAUCAAAAAGCAUGCUAACAUGGACAAGGAACUCAAAGAAGUGCCCUUGGUGACUGGUAAAAGAGUAAAAGCUUAGUGCUGCUAAACUUAAAAUAUGACUUAACUCCAUGCUAGAAUAUAAAUAUGAUCAUCUGUGAAUUCGGAAGGAUACCAGCAAUAUCAGUUCCAGUUGUUAUUAGAGAGUCACAGAGGGAAAAUGAGGAAAAUCAAGAGAACAUUCUUGAUGAGCUAGAUUCUUGA